AUGAAAACUAUAGGUUUGUUAUUGGCGAUCACCGGAAUCGCCAGCUCCUGUUUCUGCCCGUAAGUUUCUUCAUUUUUCAAAAAAAAAACAAUUUAGAAAAUAUAGAAAACAUUUUCAGUCAAAUAAUCAGUCCCUCAUGCGGUUGCGGUGGCGGUGCUUCCUAUACUCCCUACUACGGUUCAGCGGGUUACGCAACCCCAAAUUAUAAUUACAAUUAUAAUAGCUACGCAGCUCCUCAACCAGCUGGCGCAGGAAGCUAUGCGAUCUUCUAUAGAGAUUUGACACCAUUUAGACAGCCCUAUUACCAACCUCAACAAUCAUAUCCACAACGAAUUCCGCCACCACCAGUUUAUCCACAACCAAUUCCACCUCCAAUUCGACCACAACCACCAAGAUUCCCACAGGUUUGUCAUGCUAAAAAUAUCAGAAAUGUAAAUGAAGGAGUACUCAGAGAAAAGGUGGUCCAUGGGCAGCCCCUUGGAGUGCCCCGAGGGCUGGUCCUAAGGGCAACACUAGUGCAUUCAAGGGGCGACCUAGGGGCAAUUAAGAAAAACUAGGGUAUGACGUUUUUAAAUUUUAAAAAUUUUGACGUGGAAAAAAUCAUUUCUGUUUUAAUUUUUAAUUUUCGCCAUGGCAAAAUUCAAAAAAAUCUUGCGCCAGGAAAUCAUUCACAAUGGUGAUUACCUUCGGAAAUCUAGUUUAUCUAUUUGAUCAAAAUUAAUCGAAAUCAAAACAUAUUUCAAAGGGAAAACUUUUAUUUUAUAAAAAUGAAGCUUCUCAGAAUUCUCAUUCAUAGUUUUCGGAAUUUCGGCCCUGCUAUACAUUCCCGAAAUAACAGUCGGAACAUCGAAUAACAAUUUUCUAAUGAGCACAUUCUCUGACUUCUGCAAUUUCGGACUUGGGCAGCGUGAGAUGACAUAAUUUUCCAAAUUCACAAAUAUUCCAAAUAGAAAUACUCAUAAUAUAAAUUCCUUGAUUUCCAAAACUGUUCCUGCUUUUCACUUUUCAAUUUUCUGGGACUUGUAGCAUAUAAAAUAUAAUAAAUCGGAAUUGAGUUCCCCACUAUUUUCUUGAAUACCGAAAUAAGUGGAAUGAAAGAAAUUUAUUAUUUUUUGUGAUCGAAAACGUAACUAGGUCACAAAACUAGGUCACGUGCUCAAAAGUUACCCUUCAAAUUUUUUUCCCAUUAGAAAAUUUGCCCUUCGUGCUGGUCCGAAGGGCAACACCCCGAAAAUAGGGGCAAACCAAAUUCCUACGGGCAGCCCGGGGGCAAAAUUUUCUCUGAGUAAAUAAAGUGUAGUAAUUUUAAUUUGUGAAAAUAGGUCACGUUAGAAAUCACUUACAAUUUUAUUUUUGUGUUUCGUUUCAAAUAUUUUUAUCAUGCUCAAAUAAUUUAUUUCCACAGCAACCGGUUAUUGUUCAACCAACAGUUGCUCCAAUUCGAGUGACCCCAGCCAGAUAUGAACCACCGACUACAACUCAAUCCCCCGUCAUUGUCCAUGAAGGUCAAGUGGAAUAUGAACAAGAAGAUUAUGAUACCACAGUCACAACCACAUAUCGUCCAGUACCAGUGACGACACAAACUUUUGCACCGAUUGUCGAAAUCAUCACAACAACAACAACCAGCACAACACAAUUGCCUACGACAACUCAAAUUACACCUGUUCCUGCUGCUGUUCAAGAUGAAAUAGAAGAUUUUGAGGAUACCACUGAACCAUCGAAAAAGAAAGAUGAGUUCUAUUAUGUGUAUUAUGAUGAAAAGGGAAAUAAAGUUGGAGACUCUCGAAGUGGAACAACAUUCCCACCACAAGAUAUUAUUCAAGAAGUUACAACUGUAGCAGCUAUUCAAGCAUCAACUGUAAAAGCUUUGAAUGUUGCAACUGGAAAAUUGGAAAGCACUGAAAAUUAUGAUGAUAUCGUAGUAGAACAAACUGCCAAAGUUGGAGGAAAAACUGGAGAUGGUAAGGAAGACUAGAGGGAUAAAAGCAGGCAUACUGUGUGUUUUAUUUCAGUUGUGUAUGAGGACGAAACAAUUGAAUAUGAAGAUGGAACUACCGUAAAACCUACAACAAUCAAAACAUUGAAACGAGGACUUGGUGAUAAUCAAAUUAUGGUGUCAGCUUCAGACACAGUUGGGGAAAGCAUGGGAUAUCGUAAAAGAUUGAAUGCAAAUGGUGUCAAAAUUGUGCAGAAGCAGAGAGCUGACAAAAGAAAACUUCAUAGUAACUAA